AUGGCAGACAUAGCUUCCCGGGUUUGGCUCGGUGUCACUUUGGUUCUCAUUGCUGUGGUGUCGCUAGUUGUCAACAUAAUAGUCAUAGUUGUGUGGGUUAAAACCCAGAAACUCCGAGAUCCCAAGUACUAUUUCUGGAUUAACCUAGUUGUGGUGGAUAUCAUCGGAAUAUGUAUGUGGACAUCCUUGUCCGUCACGGCCGUCGUCGGCGAUGCAUGGAUCCUACCAGACGUCGUCUGUAACGUCCACGCGUACUUCUCCACCUUCUGCAACGUCAUCAACCUUCACACACUCACAAUCCUGGCCCUGGAGAGGUUUCUGAAGUUCUUCAAACCGUCUAAACAUGAAGACAUAUGCAUCGGGUUCUUCCUGAUUCUUCUUAUAUGCGGCGUGUGGUUCUUUGAUGGUGUCGUCUGCGUCUUCACGGCCAUUCAUUGGGCGCAGGUGAGAUACUACCAAGCCCAGUAUCAGUGCAUCCCGGAGCACCAGCUCAGCACCUCGCACCUGAACUUCAUGUUUAUACUGUCAUAUGGAGUUCCUCUUGUUGUCAUGGUCGCGACUUACACGGCAUGUUUUAUAAAGGUCAUCCACAUGCGGAGUCGUGUCCAACCAAAAGGAGCCCUGGUGUUGGAGACCAACAAGAGCGCCAAAGGAGACUCGUACUCAGAGAGGAUGAAGCGAUACACUGACAAGUUUCAGAACGCAGGAAUGAAAAACAAGAAGCCCAAGUUGGAGAAGACGUACGACUACACUAAAGAUGGCUACGUCGUGAAGUCGGACACUGAGGACGACGUUCAGCCGAGUGAUACUAAAUCUAGGUUCAAGAAGAAGGAGUAUUCACUGGCUAAAGAGGAUUACAUGCUACUGAAGGUUUACGUCAUCACUUCUUGUGCUUACGUAGGCACGUGGAUACCUUACGUCAUCAGCAGUUAUGUGUGGACGUACUCCCGGUUCAGCCCUCUGCCGGCUGGUGUGAUUACCUCCCUCGUGUGGUUGUCCCACUGUGGCGCGUUCGUCAAGCCGCUUGUAUAUGGACUGUGUUUUGAGAAGUUCAGGUCACGUUUACUGACUGUGUUGAGGAGGCAGGAGACGUGA